GAGGCCAGGGCGGAGGUCGAGAAGGCCAAGCAGGAGGUCAAGGAGGCCGAGCAGAAGGUCAAGGUUACAGCCAAAGACUUCGACAUAGCAGAAUGUACGCGGCCUGAGAUCAUGGUCAAACCGAACAAGUUCGUGCAGCUUGUCCCUUGCGUGAACGCCUGCAUCGACGCUGUCAACGAGAACUUGCCACAGCGCACAGAUGCUACGAGUGUGCGAGUGCCCCCGACAGAGCUCUCCCGGUGCAUGCGCGGGGGCAAGACCACAGUGCUGGUGCACGUCUUCGACCAGCUGAAACGUGAGUCGAAGAACCCUAUUUUCAUCAGCUUUAACGGGGACUCCCUUAUCAGGCAGCUCGAGAACGAAAGCUGCCUGGAAACAAUGCUGAGGGCCAUCGCUGUUGCGCUGCGGAAAAACAAGCCCCAGGAUAGUGGUGAGGCUGCGCGAGUUGUCUGCAGGCAGGACGUCUUGCAGGAGUACCUGAGGGACAAGAAGGAUGUUGUCCUCAUCGUAGACGAGCUGAAUGUCUUGCUGAGCAUGGGCGAAGGAUGUGACGCUUUGACUCCUUGCGAGGCUGUGUAUUAUGGACGAAUACCAUCCCUAAUAUACGCCGUGAAGACGCAAGGCAGCAGCUUCAGCGUGCUGGACCGGUUCCAGGCAAUAGAAUGUGGAGAACCAACAGAAGCCUUGACCAAAUGUUUUCUCUCAGAGUUCUUCACGGGAAGGCGGGGUCUAAACUCAGAUCCAAUACGAGCCUUCGAUAGCCUCACCGAAUCCCCAGCCAGCGGACAAAUUCGGUGGAUCCUUGCCUAUGUGGGCCACAUGCUCUCAUACCUGGAGUUGCAUGAAAUUGCUGGUUGGGUCGAAGAGAUCCCCAAGCUGUCUGAAAGGUGCGAGAGCGGCCUCGACUGGGAGGCCAUCGUGCUGAUCGCGCUCAGCCUCCGAUGCGUCCAGGCCAAGUACGGCUUUGUCCACGAGCUCUUGAGUCUGCCAGAAACUGAGCAGGUCAAAGGCGUGUUCUUGCACAAAGUGCCCCAGGAGCAUUGCAAGACGCCGGACGACAUGGUGGCAUGGUGGAAGCAGAGGGGCGUAUCAUCAAACCUACUCCCGUACAUCGCGGUGCUGUCACCAAAUUAUGCAAAGACGACAAUUUGUGACGCAAUGUGGAUCUACCAGCAAGAUUCAACAAGCAACUACGUGGUGCGGGCCAUGCAAAGCAAGCUGGGACGCGAGUUGCCAACCUCGGACAUGCCAGACGGCAUGCUUGGCUUGCUUGUGAGGGGAAAUGCCCCAGCAAAGAACAGGCAGCCCAGGCUGAGGAAUGGCUGGGAGUACAAGACCGCAGCUGAUAUUCGUGAUUUUUUGGGUGCUUCCUUGUCAGCCCUCUAUCCUGCUGACUGGCCUGUUGCAGACGGAAGCUGA